AAUUUUUAAUUAAACUUAAAAAUUUACUACAAAGACUUGAAUCCACAAAAAUUACCACCGAUUGCCAGUUUCAGGACCUAAACUAUUAGAUGACUAAAUGGUAAUCAAAUAGACACUCACAGAUACCACAAACAAAAACAACAGUAUGAGUGGUGGUAGAGGACGUUACCAUCCAUACAAAUCGGCCCUUAUUCGUAGUCGCGGUCAGGCCGCCAAACAACAAGAACCUGAACCCUAUCUGCCACUUAUACAGCCACCAGUGCGACAGCCACAGCCAUAUGAGGAACCGAUUCAACAGCAGAUUUAUGGCUAUCAGCAGCCGCAGCCACGGCUACCGCCGGCAGCGACACACACACCGUCGUCAUCCAGACAGGCGCAUCCAUAUGUGGCACCGGUUGAACCGCAGAUUUCUGGCUACCAGCAGCCGCAGUCGUUGCCGCCAUAUCGGAAUAAUAGAGUAUCGGUUAUAGUGAGGCCACGUAAGACCAGUAAUAUACCAGUAAUGCCGUCAUCAACACAAUCACUACUACCAUCACUACCGGCAGCGACUACAUUACCAUCAUCAGAUGAAAAGGUUGAUGGAUUAUUGCUGCAUGAUUGGUGGAUGUCAAAAUUAGACCAAAAAGAGUCAACCCCUCCACAACCAUCGGUACAACAGCAGCAAAGAUGGCAACCAUAUCGGAAUAAUAGAGUAUCGGUUAUAGUGAGGCCACGUAAGACCAGUAAUAUACCAGUAAUGCCGUCAUCAACACAAUCACUACAAUCAUCAGAUGAUAAGGUUGAUGGAUUAUUGCUGCAUGAUUGGUGGAUGUCAAAAUUAGACCAAAAAGAGUCAGCCCCUCCACAACCACCGCCGCCGCCACCACCAUAUUGGCCAGUCCCUGGAGAACAGCAGCAAAGAUGGCCAGUCCCGAGACAACAACAGCAGCAAAGAUGGCCAGACCCGAGACAACAGCAGCAAAGAUGGCCAGUCCCGAGACAACAACAACAGCAGCAAAGAUGGCCAGACCCGAGACAACAACAACAACAGCAAAGAUGGCCAGACCCGAGACAACAACAUCCACCACAGGUAUAUGAAGAUAUUGAUGAAGAUUAGUCACAAUUAUUAUUAUCAUGAAGUCACAAAAAAAUCAUUAAAUCAAAUUAAUUCAAUCAAAUCAAACAUAUCAGUAGACAAUUAUAUAUAUAUAU